AUGAGUCACGGCGGCAGAAGGCAUGUGGAUGAGGACUUCAGCAUUGCUCUACCACCUCCUGAGGAGCCUCACGAGACGAGCGUACACAGCGCGAACCCGCCUUCAUUUAGCUCGCCUGCCAUAGAUAGUGUAGCUCUCCAUUUUCGAGAUUAUAUUGGAGCAACCGCAGCGCGACUGUUGUUCGAGCUUCCUGAACCCGAGCCCACCAUGAUGAAGGUGCUGGACGGUCCCGAAGCGAAAGACACGAUUUCUAAAUUUGUAGGAGACGCACGGGUGCCUGCACUUUACUUCAUGGUGCGCCCGAGACUGGAUUCGAAGCAGAGGCGACGAUAUGCUUUGUCGCUGGAUUUUGACGUCGGGAAUGAGAGUGCUUUGCCAGAGACAUGCUCCGCUUCCCCUCCUUCGUCCCCUUCCUCCCCCUCAUCUCCCAGUCCCUCUCCCCUGGUUGGGGGCAUGGUCUUGGCCUUCAUCAAGCGGAACGCAGGGGCUUUGCAAGACAACGUCCCGCUUAGCACACAGCUUCAAAUCAUCACUUUGAACGGUGGGGGGCCGGCACCGAAUCGUACAAGUCGCGGGGGAGGGGAAGGCGGUGAGAGGGCGAGUCUCUCCUCGGACUCCACCGCGCAUGCCACCUUUGCACUCUUGCAGCAGUACACCCGCUAUUCCUUUACGCCUUUAGUCAAGUCUUUGGCGGUCGAGGCCAGAAUCCAGCAGGAGCGGGAGCAACAGCGAUUAGUGGAGGGGAAGGAGGGUGCAGCAGGGCAAGGGCCUCCCCAGAGAGGCCACGGUUCGCUGAACAGGAUAGUACAGGCCCGACCGGCCCAGACAGACGAAGGGGGCAUGGAGCAUGCGGAGAAGGUGACGAGUAAAAGCCUCCGGAGCUUGCAGAGGAAACUAGUGGAGCUGGACCUGGCCUUGGGGCAAUGCCAGACGGCCACGGAGAUCCCGGGCGCCGAGUUGAUACCCCACCCCGCCAUCCAGCGGGCGCUGCAGGAAGCGAACACACUGGGGCCCGGGGGGAAAUGCGACGGGGAGCUGGACGUCUCUCGCCUGGACCUGGAGGAGGUGGGAUUGCCCGAGUACCUCCUCCGCGACGACACUUUUUUGAACCAGCUUCAAAGCACGGUGAAUGCCUGGGUGGUGGACAUUCAGCACGUGACACGCUUGGCCUCCCAGACCGCAUUUCCGGGGUCGGCGGCGGCGGAGAUGGGCUUUUGGGCUUCGAUGGAGGAGGCUCUGCGCCGGAUCCAGGAGCAGCUGGUGUGUCCAGGCGUGCAACUGACGGUCUUGGUCUUGAAACAAGCCCGGCGCAUGAUCCCAAUAGCGUCCUUGGAAAACAAUACGGGCAUGGCUUCCGCCCAGAAGGUGGUGGAGGACGUGAUGGGCUUCAUGCGAGACCUUCCCUUGCAGGGACUGGUGGCUGCGGCCUCCUACGCGCAGCUCGGGGCGGCCCUUGAGGGCCUUUUCCAUCACAUGGGCAAGCUAAAGACCUGCCGGUACUACGACGUGGAACGGGCCGGUAAGUUGUACGAGGCUAUCUCCGAGGUAUUUGCGGCGCAGUUGUCGUCCGUCGUGGCGGCGCAGCAGGGGGCGGCGAAAUUGUUGGGAGCCCCCGGGAGCGAGGAGGAGCACAAGAGGGUGGAGCACGUCCUUGCAUGCUGGAAGAGAGGGGCUCGCAAAUUCGAAGAAAUGUACCUGGAGCUCCUGAAGAAGAGAGUUCGGGGAGGAGCCUCGGGAAAGGCGGGCAGCGGGAUGGGAGGGCGCGUGCAGGGGUUGCAAGAAAGUGAGGACCUGGUCAAGCUGCAAGAGCGCUUGGGCGAGGUGGCCAAAUUCCGGGGGGACCACGCCCGGUUUUCACGGGUCCUAGACCAGGUCUUGGGGGGAGAAGAUGCAAUGCAAGCAGGAAAAUUAGACGACAGGGAGGAAGAGGUAGGCCUGGAGACGCGACGCGACGUGGCCGCCGCGUACGCGCGGGUAUUGAGCUUGGGGGUUGGGGUCCUGGACUUGACUGUGGAGGGCUUGCAUGCCUGGCGGUCGGCGCUGGAGGCGUACAACCACCAGAUCGGGAACCUCGAAAGCCGUAUUUUGCGCCUCUUGUGCACGCGCUUGGAAACAAGCGCCUCGGCCGAGGACAUGUUCCGCGUUUUUGCCCGCUUCCACCCCCUGGUGAAUCGACCCCGGAUCCGGGCUGCGAUUGCUCAGUACCAAGCCAUGUUGAUCGCCCACGUCCGAGAUGCAGUGCAGAAGCUCCAGGAGACCUUCACGGCGCGUUAUGAAGGCUCAGAGGCCCAAGUGUUGGCCACGUUGCGGGACGUGCCGCCCGUUGCGGGCAAGAUCCUGUGGGCGCGUCUGUUAGAACGACAGCUGCUUGUGCUGAUGGCCAGGUUGGAAGAGGUCCUGGGAGAGGGGUGGGAGAAACACGUGGAUGGGAAGCAAUUGAAGGAGGUUUGUGAGGAGCUGAUACGAAAGCUGAAUGCCGAGCCACUGUUCGCGGCUUGGGUGCGAGAGACGCAUGAUGACGUCAUCGCGCGUGGUACCAAACAGCGACACGUGCAGCAGCACCAGGAGGAGGAACAGCAAGUACUUGUCGUACACAGGAACAGGGACGGAGUGCCAUUUUUGCGGGUCAAUUAUGACGAGCAAACGGUGGUCCUUUUUAAGGAAGUUCGACAUAUGCAGUGGCUAGGCUUCCGCAUCCCCGCGGCCAUCCGCAUCAUCGCAGAGAAAGCGGCGGAACGUUACCCGUACGCUAUGGCCCUGCAAGCGAGCCUUCAAGCAUUCGAACAGACGUUGAAGCGUCUAUCUUACCAAUCGAAAGGGAAAAGAGGGACUGUAAGGGAGGGAAACGGCAAGGAGAAAGGCGGGUUUGAGCACCUCCCCGGGGUGGAACUGGAGGCACUCUUGGACGGACACCUGAAGGCAGUACGAGAGACAUUGAAUGAGACUUUCCCCCCUGAGAAAGGCAAGGAGAAAGCUGAUAGAACAUCGUCUUCUAUUUGGCCAGCCGCGAUUCGUUGGGAUACGAUCCCUCCGGCUUUAUCCGCCCAUUUGCUCUCCGUUCCAUCCUCGCACGAGGAUACCCCCUAUCCGCAGGGCGCCGCACCCCAUGCCUUUGGAAAAUGGGUGACUGGACUCUCCGAACGCGUCUUUUUAUUGCAGGAGAAAACGGAGGACCUUCUCGCCUUUCUUCAGGCCUUAGACAGCGAUCUACAUGAGCUUCAGGCCUGCCCCUACGCCUUUGCAUCCUUCCGUCGGCUACUCAAUCAUGUCCAGCACAUCAUAGACAACAUGAAUAUGGCAGGGUACGCCCACAUGGAGGAUUUCGUCCAACGGGUCGAGAGGGUGGUGAUUGGCAUUUUGACUCUCCGGUUGCAGCACGCGCUUGAGGCAUGGGUGGCUACAUUCCAGGACAACAGCGAGGAAAGUAGGAAAAGAGGUGUCAGACAAGAGCAGCUCCAGCAAGCUGGUGAGACAUGCAACUUUUCUUGUUCCAUGGCCCUUCAACCGUCCUUCACAGGCGUCCUGAAAGAUCACCAACACCAACGAGCGCCGUGCCGACCGGUAAAACAGAUCGAAAAGGAACAAGUUCGCGUGCAUCACCGUGACACAUCAAGCCAAAUCUCCGAAUCAACCUCUCCUAUUCGUAUUCAACCCCAGCUUCAUCCUGAUGGCAAAAAUGCAAGCAGCAGACAUGCUUCACAAUCUCGUGUCCCGUUCUUUCCUGUCCAUCCUCCUCUAAUCCACAAGAUCUCGCUGCAAAACCAAACACUCUACCUGUCUCCCCCUCUUCAACUAGCAACGACGACUUACAUCAACCACCUCCAUCAGCUUAUCGGUGUGGUUGGUCGACUUUCUCGGCUGGAGCCUUCUCGCUUUGACUUCCUGGAAGGCGGACAGGGAGGAGUGAUGUCACCUAGCAGAGGCCGAGGAGAGAGAGGAGGCCGGGCAAGGAGGGAUAAUGUCGGUGCGGAGAGCAAAACGUUCGCAACCAUUCCGCGCCUGGUACCUCCCAUGCUCUUGAAAAAGGCAUAUGAAUGUGUGCAGACACUAGUCAGACAAGCGGAGGAGUAUGUUGAGGAAUGGCUUCGAUACCAAGCCUUGUGGGACAUGACGCCGGAGCGUGUGUACAGCUUUCUGGAGGGACGGAAGAAAGCGGAGGUGGGAAAAGGGGGUCACGCACACCCCACCACUGCGGAAGACCUGCACGCCUGGAUUCGUCUGCUCGCGGAGAUGAAAAAUGCAAGGGCCAGCAUCGCCAUGUCCCCAAUAUCCCGCCGGUGCUUCGGGCCGUCUCUGGUCAUCGACUACGGACUGGUACAAGGCCAGGUCAACCUCAAGUACGACGCAUGGCAGAAACACUUCCAGGCACGUUUUGGCCUCCUCCUUGCCGAGGCUUGUCGAGCCACCCAUGCCCAAAUAAAGGAGGAUAAAUCCCGAUUGGAGGCUGUGGCCUUAAUGAGGGGUCGGGAAGGGCUGAAGAGCGCGCAAGAAACCAGGACCGGGGGGGAUGGAAGCGAGAAACUGUUGGCAGAUGUUGUCUUCGUGGCGAACGGGCAAUCGACCGGGCCUAGAUUUGCUCGGAUGGUAACUGCUUUGGAGGCAGGCGAACGUACCCUCCGCCGACAACGUUAUACAUUCCCAUCCGAUUGGCUCCAGGUGUCAGUGCUUCUGGGAACGUUGGGUGAUUUCAACCAGAUUUUGGAUCGACGGAGACACGCCCUGGAAGCCCAUCUUCCUGCCCUUCAGCAUAAAGUCAGACUAGAAUCUGAGACGCUGUCCGCGCGGAUCGAAGCGCUCAUGGAGGAGUGGGAACGCGAGAAACCUGCCGCGGAAAUGACGUCCCCCGAGAUGGCGAUCACGGUGUUGAAGAAAUUCGAAAACGCGUUGGCCAACGCCCGUUUGGAGCACGUGCGACUCGAUGCCGCCAAGGAAGCGCUAGGAUUGGAUAAGGAAGGUGUUGUGCAGGAGGGCUUCGGCGAUGGGGAACUUGGCAACAUCAGUGCCCCCACCACCAACAUCCGUGGCGGCGUUCACCGGCGGGGUAUGGACCCCCUUGUAUCACUCGAGAAGGAAAUUUAUGACCUGCACGAUGUGUGGGAAAGUCUGCAACCCAUUUACGCGACCAUCCAAGCUCACAUCGAUACGCCCUGGUCCGCAGUCCAGCCUCGCCAUUUGCGGAAUUCCUUGGACACCAUUCAGGAAAGUCUCCGGGCGCUGCCCAACAGGGUACGCCAGUACGAGGCGUGUACGCAUCUUCAGGGGAGAGUCAAAAAAUACAAGUCCCUCUUCCCCCUUGUUUCCGACCUGAAAACGGAAGCGCUCAAAGAACGACACUGGCGGAAGCUGCUUAAGAAGUUGGAAGACCCUUCGCUGUCCUCCUCCGGCCUUUCCCCCGCAAUGUCCUUGCCAGCUUUUUCGGGGGGUCCCUUCGAGCACCUCACCCUUGGCUACCUGUGGUCCGUUCUGGACCCCGCCCUCCACCGGCAUUUGGUCACGGAAGCUCUUUCCUCUGCACAAGGAGAAAUGGCGCUGGAAAUUUUCCUGAAGCAGGUGCGUGAAACUUGGGAAUCAUGGGAAGUGGAGCUGUCGAACAACUUGUACAGAGGCCGGAUCCGUCUAAUUCGUGGGUGGGACGCUGUCUUCGCGCGCUUGGAAGACCAUUUGGGUGCCUUGGCUGCGAUCAAAUCGUCCCCUUACUACGAAGCCGUCCCGGAAUUCCAACAAGCGGCAAGUGCCUGGGAAGAGAAGCUCUGUCGACUCAAGUCCUUGUUCGACGUCUGGAUCGCCGUCCAGAAGAAGUGGGUGUACUUGGAGGGUAUCUUCCUAGGCGGGGCCUCUGCGGACAUUAAAAAUCAAUUACCCAGUGAGCACGCCCGCUUCAAGGCAUUGGACAUGGAUUUCGUCGGUCUCCUGCGACGGGUGGCGGCCGCGCCGCAGCUUUUGGGCAUAUUGAAGAUCGAACAGAUCCAACCCCAGCUGGAACGCCACGAAUCGACCCUCGCCAAGAUCCAGAAAGCCCUGGGGAGCUACCUGAAACGUGAACGCGCUGCGUUUCCUCGUUUUUGUUUCGUGGGCGACGACGACUUAUUGGAGAUCGUUGGCAAUGCAUCCGACCCUCACCGAGUGACGCAACAUUUGUCCAAGAUGUUCGCGUCCAUAGCGCAAGUUCGCUUGGAAGAAGUGGAAAAAGGCGAAGACCAACAAGAGCGAAGGAAUGACUCACAGGUCAUGAUCACGACCAUGAUUAGCAAGGAAGGUGAAGAGGUAGGCCUCCGCGAACCAGUAGUCUUUGCUCCCGCAAAGACCGCGGUCCGCGACUGGCUGCAAGCCCUCGAAAGCGAGAUGCGCGAGACGCUUUCGCACCUACUCGCCGACGCGAUCAAAGACGUCGAUGGCAAAGACGAACAAGAGGAGGGAUUUGUCUCAUGGGUAGAGUCUUACCCGACGCAGGUGGUAUUGCUUGCUGUACAGGUUACCUGGACCAGAUCGGUCGAGGCAGCGCUCAUGAAAGGGAAAGUUUCCUCUGCCUCUUCUGCCCUUGAAGCUGCCACAGCUUUAAAAGACGGUCCUUUAGCCAGCCUUUCGACACGCCUUCUGGCCAGUGUACAGUAUGUUCUGGCGGCGAACGUGCACCCACAGAAGCGGAAGAAAUUCGAACAUCUCAUCACGGAGCUGGUCCACCAACGUGAUGUCAUCCGCAGACUCGUCUCUUCCUCUACUGCCUCACCCGAGGCUUACGCAUGGUUGCAGUAUCUCCGAUAUUAUUGGGAUCCUCCAAAGAGACUUGUACAAAACGGCGGUGACCAUAAAGCUGCGAGCGCACAAGGAAAGGGAAAUUUGCACGUCCAGAUAGCCAACGCCGAUUUCGAAUACGGCUUCGAGUACCUGGGGAUGGCAGAGCGCUUAGUCGAGACUCCCCUUACCCACAAGUGUUACUUGACACUCUCUCAAGCUCUUCUUCACAAGAUGGGUGGCAAUCCCUUUGGACCUGCGGGCACGGGGAAAACAGAAAGCGUCAAAGCUUUGGGCGCCGCUAUCGGUAGAUUUGUCCUGGUCUUCAAUUGCGAUGAGCGCUUUGAUUUCUCAGCGAUGGGUCGUUUGCUUGCCGGCUUGUGCCAAGUCGGAGCCUGGGGCUGUUUCGAUGAGUUCAAUCGAUUGGAAGAACGGAUCUUAUCCGCCGUUUCCCAGCAAAUUAUGACCAUCCAGCGAGCAUUGGCAUCGGGAACAUCUUCUAUCGACCUUUUAAAAGGAGGGGAAGGUGGUGGAGGGGACGCGAUUUCCCUCCAUCAGAAUGUUGGGGUCUUCAUUACCAUGAACCCUGGCUACGCGGGCCGCUCGCAUUUGCCCGAUAAUUUGAAAGCGCUUUUCAGGUCCAUCGCCAUGACUGCCCCCGACAAUGGGAUGAUUGCUGAGGUCAUGCUCUUCGCACAGGGACUGGAAACCGCGGAAAAGCUUGCCAAAAAAGUAGUCAUGCUAUUUCAAUUAUGUGGCGAGCAGUUUUCCAAACAAGUUCAUUAUGACUUCGGAUUGAGGGCCUUGAAGACCGUCUUGGUCGGGGCCGGGGGCUUGAAAAGGAAGAUGUUGGGAAGCGCAGGGAUAUUUCAAGAGAGAGGCAUGCAGGACAUUGAAGCCAGGGUGCUCAUUGAGAGUGCAUGUACUACGGUCUUACCGAAAUUGGUCGGUGAGGAUGUAGCGAUGUUUAAGGACUUGUUGCGAUGCGUCUUUCCCACAGGUGAAAAGCCGGGAGGACAAGGAGGCUGGAUAGGAAAUAUUGACCCAGAUAGUGGGGUCUUCCGGAAGGCGGUCGUGCACGUUUGCAAAGGAAGGGGGCUCAUUCCGGGACAGGGCUUCAUGGAGAAAGUGUUGCAACUUCGAGGUGUCUUGGCGCUGCGACACGGAGUUAUGUUGGUCGGCUCCACGGGUUCGGGCAAGACAAGUGCCUGGCAAGUCCUUCUGGAAGCGGAGGCUCUCGUGGGGGAGGGACACGGAGCAGCAAAGGGGAGAAAAGGGGAGGCGUAUGUGAUCGAGCCGAAAGCACUGAGUAAGGAAGAACUGUUUGGGGUGCUGGACAAGACCACUCUGGAAUGGAAGGACGGCGUCUUCACCUCCCUCAUCCGUCAAAUCCUUGAAAACGCUCGGGGCGAGCAGGAGAAGUCACAUUGGGUAGUUUUCGACGGGGAUGUGGACCCCGAGUGGGCCGAAAACUUGAAUUCUGUUUUAGAUGAUAACAGGCUUUUGACCUUGCCCAACGGGGAGCGCUUGGAGCUUCCUCCUCACCCCACUGCUGCCUUGGGUGGGCAAGCGAGGGGGACACGGGCGGAUUCACGCUGGUUGGUCAUUUUCUGCGACGAGAUCAAUUUACCGGAAAGAGAUCGUUAUGGGACGCAGCGGGUCAUUGCCCUCCUUAGGCAGUGUGUGGAACAAGGUGGCUUUUGGCGUACACAGGAUAAUGCCUGGACCAGACGUGAAGCCGCAUCCGUGGGGAAGGAAGACUUGAAGGCUUUCGUGGCGGCCAGGUUGAAGACAUUCUACGAAGAGGAGCUGGACGUUCCCCUGGUUAUCUUCGACGACGUUUUGGAGCAUGUGCUGAGGAUCGAUCGGGUCCUCCGUCAGUCUAUGGGCCAUAUGCUCCUGGUGGGAGAGAGUGGCGUGGGGAAAACUGUCAAAGCCUCCUACCAAUACACCCUCGAUCGUUUUGACGAGGACUUGCGCUUCGUCCUGAAACGUGCCGGAACUGGCGGAGAAAAAAUCUGCUUUAUAUUUGACGAAAGCAAUGCGCUCUCUUCGGCCUUCUUGGAACGAAUGAAUGCCCUGCUUGCCUCGGGAGAAGUCCCGGGUCUAUUCGAAGGGGAAGAGUACCAGUCUCUGAUCGCGUCAUAUAGAGCUAUGUCAGAGGUGGGGGGGAACAGCCAGGGGGUCGGAGGCUCUGGAAAGAACGUGUACGGCCAUGGCUUGCUGGGAAGUUCACCAACCGAGGGAGGAGGGCGGGGGACAGCAGGGGACGAAGAAUCAGAGGAAGAGCUUUAUCGACGUUUCGUCCGAAACGUGCAGCGAAAUUUGCACGUAAUCUUCACGAUGAACCCUUCUGGACAAGAGGAGGAGGUCUUCGCCUCCCGGUCGUCCACGUCUCCGGCUUUGUUCAACCGAUGUGUCAUCGAUUGGUUUGGGACGUGGUCCUCGCGGGCCCUCGCGGAGGUGGCUCACGCGUUCACCUUGUCCUUGGACUUGGGCGGCGGGGAGGUAGCCUUGACAAAGGCUUGCGACGGCCAGAAAGGAAAGGCAGAGGCGCUGAUGGAGGUCGUGGAGUUCUUGUACGACUCGGAAAACGAUGCGAGGAAAGAAGAGGACAUCCCAAGCAUCCCGCCCGAAGACUCCGCGUGUGUCUCGGCGAAAAACCCCGGGGGUGUGGAGCCACAGCCCACAGUCCACCAUACCGUCGUUGCCGCACUUGUUGCGACGCACCGGACGGCCAAGCAGGUGAUCGAACACGUGCAAAAGGCGGAAAGGGGGGGCAGGUCACGCGCUACCCAAAAAGAUGUGAAAGAUCGCCAGGCCGCCCUUGCACGCAAGAAAAUAGAAUUGAGCCGGAAGGACGCGAUGGCCAACCAAAAGCUGAGACAAAUGGUGGAGGACCAAAACGAAGCCGAAAGAAAGAAAGCUUCGGCGGACCAGGUGGCACAAGAGUUAUCGCGACAAAACGAGACGAUUGCUGGGCGACGGAAGGAGGUAGAAAAUGAGUUGGCGGAGGCAGAGCCGGCAUUGUUAGGCGCUCAAAAAGCAGUCAAUUCGAUCAAAAAAGCACAUUUAGAUGAAGUACGAGUCUUAGCCCGACCUCCCAACCCUGUCCGUCUAACGCUGGAAGCCGUUUUGAUCUUACUGGGGGAGGAGAAACGGGACUGGAAUGACGUGCGCAAGGUCAUCCGUAGGGAUGAUUUUAUUGCCACAGUCGUGAACUUCGACCCGGAGGGCAUUACACCGAAGCAGGUUAAGGAUCUUCAAGACCUCUACCUGGGCUUAGAAGAAUUCGAAUACGAUGCUGUCCAGCGGGCAAGUACGGCCUGUGGACCUCUCAACAAGUGGGUUGUAUCCCUUCUGAACUAUUCCGCCAUUCUCCGACGUGUUCAGCCCUUGCGUGAAGAGGUGGCUGCAUUGCAAAUGGAGAGCGAAAAGCUCCAAGACCGGCAAACCAAAAUUGAGGGUGAGAUCACGCUCCUAGAAAAUUCUAUCGCGCUAUACAAAGCCGAAUAUGCCCAGGCCAUUCGGGAUAUUGAGGGCAUCAAAGGCGAGAUGGACGUGGUGGCCAACAAAGUCAAACGUGCCGAAGCUCUGCUAGCCAGCUUUGCCAGUGAAAAAGAACGCUGGCAUGCCUCUUCUGCUUCGUUUCAACGACAACUUUCUUCCCUUGCUGGAGACGCCUUACUCUCAGCAGCCUUCCUCACAUACGCGGGCAUCUUCGACUACAAAUAUCGACAGAGGCUAUUGGCGGAAUGGGCUUCAAUUUUAAGUGCCCUUCGACUUUCGUACCGACCUGACCUCUCUCUUACUGAUUAUCUCGCACAUCCCACGCAACAACUGGCUUGGGCCAGCCAUGGGCUGCCUAAUGAUCAACUGUGUCUUGAAAAUGCCAUCAUCCUAGAACGGGCUCAGCAUCGCUAUCCGCUUGUCAUUGAUCCCUCCGGCCAAGCAACAAAAUUUCUUCUGCAGAAAUUUGCGUCUCGCAAAGUGCAGACUACGUCCUUUGCAGACGGUGCUUUCCUCAAAGUAUUGGCAAGUGCUGUUCGCUUCGGGACGCCUUUGUUGAUCCAAGAUGUAGAGGAACGCAUCGAUCCUUUGCUCAACCCUGUUCUCAACAAGGAAUUUCAGAGGACUGGGGGUCGGACCCUUUUGCGUCUCGGGAACGAGGAUAUAGACUUUUCACCGCAGUUUUUUGUCGUCCUCAUCACUCGCAAUUCCUCUGCACGCUUUCCCCCUGACCUAUGCUCACGUGUUUCACUGGUCAACUUCACCGAUACUCCGGCCUCCCUCUGUUCCCAGGCUCUGUCCCGCAUUCUUCGGGCGGAACGCCCCGAUGUAGACAAGCGGCGAACAGAAAUCUUGCGCUUGCAAGGGGAACAGAACGUGCGCCUCCGAGAAUUGGAGGAGGGGCUCUUGACGGAGAUCUCCGCCGCGGAAUGUAACAUUCUGGACGACGACCGCGUCCUGAAAGCCUUGGAGGAAUUAAAAGCGGAGGCGGCGGAUUUGGAGAAGGAUGUCGCCUCUACAACAGCUGUAAUGGAUGAGCUCAAAUAUGUUUCGGACGUCUACGAACCGUUCGCCCUCGCAGUAACACAAGUAUUCUUUGUCAUGGAACGCUUGGCUUCAGUCCACUUCCUGUACCAAUAUCCCACUCAAUAUCUUCUAUCCAUCCUUGACAACGUCCUUGCGAGGUCUCCCCCCGAUGAACUGGUGCGGAAGAAAGGCAAAGAUCAAGGAACUCAAGAGCGGAUCAAAGACUUAGAGCUCUCUUUCUUUGCUGAAGUCUGCCGACGUGUGAGCAAGGGUCUCCUUCAGGAAGAUCAGCUUGCCUUUGCCCUACGCUUGACCUUAAUCCAUUUGCAGGGUGCGGGUCAAGAUAGGGAAGGUAGGGCGAAUGUUCAUGGAAAGGAAGAGCGACUGGACUCCCUUAUGCCUACGGAAGAGGAGUUGGAGUGUUUAUACAAGGGGCCGUUCUCCGCCGCCUCGAGCGGGCUUGUAAAUUUCACAAGGAGGGAAGCACUUGAAGGCGCAGAGGAGGACGAGUACCUCAUUCCCGGGAUCCGAAUCGACAUCACGCAAGCGAAAGAGCUUCGAGCGCUGUCCUUGCUGCCCUCCUUUGCGUUCCUCCUGCCGGCCGUGUCCAGGGACGGGCCUUCCUGGGUGGCUUUCAUGACCUCCCCCCGCCCGGAAAACGAGGUACCUGAUUUCGACGUGGCGCUGCCUGUGUCCACAACCUCUACUGACGGCCACGCGAAGGACAUGCUUGCCUCCAUGCCUGGUGUUCAAAACACAAGCACCCUUCCUGCCACCCGGCGCGCUUUCCUUCACCUACUUCUCCUGAAAGCCCUGCGCCCCGAUCGCCUCAUGUUCGUGAUGGAGACCUACGUGUCCUCUGUCCUCGGUGAGGAUUUCCCAUGGCGAGGACUUUUCGAUCUAGCCGAGGUGGUCCGGGAGCAGAGCACGGCAGCGCGACCUAUCCUUCUCUCUGCCGAAGCCGGUUUCGACGCCUCGAGGACGGUGGACUCUUUGGCGGAGGCGGAGGGGGGAAAGGGCCUCCGUUCCGUCGCCAUGGGGUCUGUCGAAGGGUACGCAUUGGCCGACCGAUACAUCGCAGCCGGUGCCCAGCGAGGGACAUGGGUUUUGCUGCGAAAUAUCCACCUCUGUCCCCACUGGCUUGAAAAACUGGAGAGGAGGCUGCACAACCUCUCGCAACCCCACCCGUCCUUCCGUCUUUUCUUGACCUCGGAAAUUCAUCCGGGCCUCCCGUCCUCCCUCCUUCGUCUCAGUGAUGUGAUGGUGCUGGAGGCACCGACAGGCGUGAAAUCCCACGUCCUUCGUCUCCUCUAUGAGAUACCUGCCCCCAGGCUGGACUCUGGAUGUGUGGAAAAGGCCCGUCUUUUCUUCCUGGUGGCAUGGUUGCACGCAAUCUUACAAGAACGUCUUCGUUACCUCCCUUGGGGUUGGUCACGCAAGUACGAGUUUACUCAGGCCGACGCCUUGGCUGCGUUGGAUGUGGUGGAGGAUUGGAUAGAGCGGGAGGGAGGGAGGGACCGAAAGCAACCAAGCAAGGACUGGCAUAUCUCGCCCGAGGACAUUCCAUGGGCCGCGAUCCAAAGCCUGUUGGGGCAAAGCGUCUACGGUGGGAAGGUGGAAAACAUCGUCGACCAAGCCGUCCUGGAAAGUUUCAUUUCCGAUUUCUUCCGCCCCGCAUGUUUCGACAUGGAUUUCCCGUUGGUAUCGGAUCUCACAGUGUCCUUGCCGGAGGGUGAUGCUGCACGGAAGGGGCGGGUGGAAGGGAGGGAGGGACGUCGGGCGGACUACAUGGCUUGGCUAGAAGAUCUACCGAGCCAAAAUUCAACGACAUGGCUGGGUUUGGCUGCCUCAGUUGAGGCGGAUUUAUCCACCGCGGUCGGGGCACGCAUUGCGAGGAAAGUUGGAGAUUUGUGGGAGGAUGUGGUCAGGGAUGUGGUGGAUCCUGAGGAGUGCCUGGAAGAGAAGAAAGGAGUGGCGGAGGCACGAAUGGGACAGAAAGCCUCCUUGUCAAAAGCCCUCCUCCAACGAUCUCAAGAAUGGUUGGCGCGGAUCCAGUCGUUGGUACCGGGCAUCAAACCUGGUGUCUUGACCCCUACCCCGACACCGAGCCCCUAUCCUCUCGCGGCUAUCUCCUCCGCCGCCCCUUCAAGUGAUGAUUCACACACGGACGAUCCGCUACGACAGUGCCUGCGCCGAAACAUGGAAGUGGGCAAGGAGAUGAUACUGCGAGUCCAAGAAGAUUUGAAUGCGACGUGUAGGUACCUGGAGCAAACUCUCGGCGACUGCCACAAUCAAGAGAGGACGCAAGAUCCAGAUGCACGAAAGAGCCGCGCAAAGGUAGAAGCCACAGUGACUGCCUUGUCAUUGGAUGAGAUUCCGGGGCCAUGGAGGGCCUUACACCCACGAGGGGCCGUGGACCGAGGUGUAGGAGCGUGGAUCACUGACAGCAUACAAAGAGUGGAACAUGGGUUAGCCCUACUCUCCAAGCUGGAGAAGGAAAGGAAUAGGAAGGAGAACAUAUCAUCGGCGCUGGGAGGUGUUUGGCUGGGCGCUCUAUACAAUCCGGAGGCCUUCGUGACAGCCACCCGGCAGGUUGUUGCCACACAGAUGUGUUGCUCCCUGGAAGAGCUCGAUCUAGCGGUGGAGAUCAAAACUCCGGAUAGCAAUACUGAACAAAGAGGGAGAGACAAUGCAUUUGCGGUCGUCAAUUUAACGCUGGAGGGGGCUGAUUUGGAAGAAGGCCAGCUCUCCUUGUCAUCCGGGGCGAUUCGAAGCCAAUUGCCCCUCGCAUGGCUGUUGUGGCACAAAGUAGGGCCACAAGAGAGGGAGACUAGGAGACUCGAUGGAAAGGCCGACAAGGAUGAUGCUCCCUUGGUGCUACCGCUGUACCUGGAUGAGAGUAGGGCUACCCUUAUAGCUCGAAUGACCGUGGCACAGCGAGAGAAAGACCUGCGACAAACAGCGGCUCAGUGGGCUCAAAGAGGCGUCGCUUUGGUCGCGUCGAGGCGUUGA